AUGUGGCAGCCAUUUCCCAAGUUCUACAUCAUUCGACCAGACGGCAGACAAGUCCCGUUGAUUCCCCUUGACGAGUUGCCAUCGUGGCUACGAAUCGGCUACAUGGACUGGAAUGAUCCAAAUCCGUACCAAUUCAUGAUCUUAGCAACCACCAGCCUCGUACCUCGCGAAGGAGAGUACGAUGCCAUGUGCUACUACUGCUUGAGCAGCGUCGACAACAUGUUGCAUCGGAGCGCCUCCGAGCUCAGCACUGACGGUGAGGAUGUCUGUCCAUCGUCAGCCAGCCGUAUACCCCGGAAGGACGCCCAGUCUCUCACUGCUCUGGAAAUCGCCAGUCUUGUCCCCCGGACCGUCGAUCGCUACAAGAGCCGUACUACCCUGUCUUGCUCGCCUGAAGCCAACAAGGCUUAUUCGAGCUCUUCCCCAUUCCUUCGACAUCCGCCAUUCCAUUCAAACCUUCAGAGCCCCUUUGUUGGCAUGUGCUUGGUGCGUAUCACAAAAGGUCUCUGGAACCUCUUGCCGUUUCCUUCGUCACAGCCUCUGCCGAACCAUGUGCCGAAUGAAUCCACGUCGGACGACGAGCCACCGCCAUUACUAGGAGCCUGUAAUGAACCCCAUGAGGUUGCCAGUGAAGGAAUAAGGCGGCGACGGGAAAGCCCAGAGCGGCAGCCCUCAGACCACGAAGGCGAGCGGUCUCAGGAUCAACGAGAGGAAGACCCGGAAGAGGAAGGCCAACCGCAAGAAAACGAUAGGCAGCGAGGUCGGCCAAGGGCUAGUUCACGCCACAACUCCGGACCGCAAAACAACCGACCAGAGCCAGUUUUAUCAAAGGGUCUAUGGCAGAGACCUCAACCACAGAAAGAUGCUACACGGCGAAGUCGAUCAAGGCCUAAUCCGCAAGAAGACGAAUCACAGCAAGACCAGCCUGGGGCGCAAGGACCUAAAGGGGAGAAAGGCCCUCAAGGGCCGCCGGGUCCACCAGGGCGACCAGGCCCACCUGGGGCGCAAGGGCCACCGGGUCCAAUGGGAGAGCCCGGGCCACAAGGGCCGCCUGGGCCACCAGGGCCUCGAGGAGACAAAGGGUGUCGAGGUUAUACAUGCCGUGGCUGGUGCCGGGUACUCCACGAUUGUUCCGACGAGGAUGAGUCUACUAGUGACGAUAGCGGCUCGGAAAAGCGCGGCAAUCCAUGUGGCCUAGACAUGGACGCCAUCAGUGCUCGCCUACAGGUAUAUCUCAACGAAGCACAUAGAUUGGACGAAGUCGAUCCCGAGAUUCUUGAAGAGACAGUGUCCAUGCUCGUACUCGGUGCAUAUUGCAGGGGUAAAGCAGACAGGAGGGCCGUUGUCCAGAGUGUGAUCGGCAGGCAUAAUCCACACGAUAAAAUCCACGAGCAGGGCAACUUUGGCGUUAAUUCUCCCCAACCAGUGUCCGAGAGUUCGUUCGGACAGGAUACAGAUCAGCCGAAUCCUAGCCAAGGCUUCGAUGACUCGCGAAUCACAACCGACGAAGAAACCGGCGAGGGCAAGGUGAGUGAGAAGGGCGCUGCUGAGUCAGAUGGACCGCGAUCGGACCACAUAGAUUCUGGACAUGCAGCAAAGGAAGAAGACGCCGAGAAAGAGGGAGAUGAGGGCUCUUCUGGAUCGAACAGCUCAACAUCAGGUUCCAAAGACCCGGGACAUGCUUCACAGGAAGAAGACGACGAGGAAGAGGGAAUCGAGAAAGACUCUGCUGGAUUGGACAACCCACCGUCAGGCCCUAAAAGGGACAAAGACGAUGAACAUGACCCAUCGAGCGCUGCGGGCUCACAAAGUCAGCAAGGCCAGGAAGGGGCCCCGGAUUCUCAAAACUCCAGUCAGUUCCAGGAUUCGCCACCCCAGGAAGAACCUAAGGGCUCAUCGGACAAUUCAUCUCAGUCACAAGAUUCUCCAGGCCAAGAAACCCUCGGAAAGCAGGGUCAAUCGCUCCCGCAACGACCUGAGCCAUCUCAUUCGCCCCGUUCUCGCACACGCGAAGACGAAUUGGUUUCGCGAGAUGUGCUGUGUGAUCCGAAGCGCCCAGUCGAGUCAGGUUUAGGUUUGACUCGCAUGUUUCCCGACUCCUGGCCAUCGGUUUCUGAUGGUCUAGCCGCCCAGAUUCAGUCAGAUCUACCCAGCCCUAAGCUCGAUGAUUGGUGUCUCCCUUUCAUGGCGAACAACGCUGGCCUGGAUACCCUCCAUGUCCAAAGUGCCUCGAGAGAUGGCCUGGACCAGCAUUCGUCGGCCUACAGCACUAGUGUACUUGAUUCCCCUGUGGACUCGGUGAUGAGAGUCCAUCGACGUUCCUCAUUCCCCUUCCGGGCUGCCCCAAUGUCACACUUUUCAGCUGGCUCCGACCCCCUUGGGCAUGCAAUCUCAGUGCCAAUGGGCUACCCACCACAACCCGCCAGUAACGGCGACAAACUCGCCGAUUUAGUGAAGGAACAGGCAAAGUCGUCGGAAAGAGUAUGGCAAAAGACGAUUGUCCUGGAUGCGAUGCAUCGGCACCAUCACAAGCGACGCAAGCUUGUUCGGUUCGAUCUUCCCAUAGAGAAUCACCAGCCAAAGGAACGGCAAGUUCCGGUGCGAAAGCCCGGUAGUCUUCAAAAGCCGGUGGUGGUGAGCAAGUUAUGA